ACUAAAGGUUGCGUUUGAUCAAUUUUUCACGUGGUGUUUUAACAAUUAUUAAAAACAUUCAUAAUCAUCAUGUCUGGAGAAACACCAGUCCCACCUCCGGUCUUAUGGGCUCAACGCAAAGAAGACGUAUUACUAACAUUUAGCGUCGAGUCUAAAGAUCCGAAUAUUAAAAUAGAAAAGGACUCCGUUUAUUUUAAAGGUGUCAACGUGCCUGACAAUAAAGUACAUGAGGUAACUAUACCAUUAUACGAAACUGUGAUCCCAGAAUAUAGCGCCUACGUAAAUAAAGGCAGAUGUAUAGAAAUGGUGCUUCGUAAAGAGAAGAAAGAUGCGCCGUACUGGCCUAAUUUAACGAAGGAUAAGAAGAAACCGCAUUACCUUAAAAUAGACUUCAAUAAGUGGAGAGAUGAAGACGACGAGGAAGAAGAAGGCGGCGGCGGUAAUGGAUAUGAUAUAGAGGAAAUGUUGCGGUCAAUGGGUGGCGGAGCAGGCGCCGGUGAUAAGCCGGACAAACCAUCCUUCGACGAUUUGGAAAGUGAUUCAGACGACGAGAAUUUACCUGAUCUUGAAUAAAUAUAGUAGUGAUAAUGCUUAUAUUUAAAUAAAACAGUACAUUAUGUAUUUUAAGAUUUUUACAGUUAUAAUAAAAUCAAUUGUGAAAAUGAA